UCUUAAUUACUUUAUAUUAAUCAUUUACUCCGGCACUGCAUGCAUCAUCAUCAUGACAGUUCACUCUGUCAUCAUCACUCCUCUGCUGCAUGAGUGGGCUGCAGUAUACUGCUCACUGAUUGGCUGAACUGAACCUGUCAAACUACCGUAACCCAGAUAGGACAAAACACAUUUUCCGCAUAUAAUCAUGGCAGACGCACCUUCAGCAGCCAGUAACAAGGCUGUUACAAGUGUCUACAAUGACGUGAAGGAGUACUAUAGUAAGACACUGAAGCAGACAUCUGACCUGAAGAGCAAUGCCUGUGUUCCGUCAGCCAAGGCUGUCCCUGCAUACGUGAGGAGAGUGAUUGCUGAGAUCCAUCCAGAUGUCGUUGCAAAGUACUAUGGCUGUGGUCUGGUGGUCCCUGAGUGUCUGGAGGGCUGCAAGGUGCUUGAUCUUGGCUGUGGAAGUGGACGGGAUUGCUACAUGCUCAGCCAGCUUGUGGGAGAGAAAGGACACGUCACAGGCAUCGACAUGACUGAAGAUCAGCUUAAGGUGGCCCAGAUGUACAUUGACUACCACAUGCAAAGAUUUGGUUACAAAAAGCCAAAUGUGAACUUUGUUCAUGGUUACAUUGAGGCCUUGGCAGAAGCAGGUCUAGAGGAGAAAUCCUAUGAUAUCAUCAUAUCAAACUGUGUGGUGAACCUGUCACCAGAUAAAACCAGUGUGCUGAGGGAGGCUUACCGUGUACUGAAGGAUGGAGGAGAAUUGUACUUUAGUGAUGUUUAUAGUGAUGCUAGAAUCCCAGAAGACCUCAAGGCCAACAAAGUGUUAUGGGGUGAGUGCCUCAGUGGAGCAUUGUGGUGGGAAGACCUGAUACGACUGGCUGAAGAGGUCGGGUUCUGCAAACCCAGACUGGUUACUGCUAGUGUCAUCACUGUGGGCAACAAGGAACUAGAGAAACUUCUUGGUGACUACAAAUUUGCAUCUGCCACAUACCGGCUCUUCAAGUUACCAAAAGUUUCAGAGAAGAAGUCCUGUCUGGUCAUGUACAAUGGAGACAUUACAGGUGUGGAGGAAAGUUUCGAGUUUGAUGUCCAGUUUACCUUUAAGGCUAAUAAAGUGACGGAGGUCGAUGAUGAUGUGGCCAACAUCUUGAGUAACUCCAGAUUUGCUGAAGAAUUCACAUUUCAGCCUCAGGGGGUGAACACUUCCGCUUCUGGAGGAUGCUGGGCCAAACCCAAGGCAGUGUCAAUGAAUCCCUUUGAACUGGUCCAGCAAUUGGGCAGUGCAAGUGUAACUCCUUCCACUGGGGGGUGCUGUGCAGACCAGGAAUCAUGCUGCAAAUGAAUCUUGGCUCAUUUAAAAGCAGUUUUGCUUAUGAUUUGAAAAGAACAAAUUAUUGAUUAUCAUAUGUAAUUUCUAACUCUGAUAUAUAUAUAUAUUUUAAAUCAAUGAUAUGUACAUAUAACAUUAUUCAUAAUUUGAUCAUUAUAUUGUGAUUGUUUUGCAUACAUUUUAAUCAUAUUGAUUAUCAAUAUCUAGUGCAUCACACAGGUCUAUAUAGUUGCAUAAUCUUAAGCAUUCAUCUGCCAGAUGUAAUCUUUAUUGUAUCUUUAUUGUAUUGACAGAUAUAAUCUAACUGAACACUCAUGGUUUAUUGAACUUUUGUAAUCAAAUCACUUUUUCUGCUGCUGUAAUAAAAAUGUUUGUCCUGAC